AUGGACCAUUCAAAUUAUACCAUAACAUAUUUCAUUCUAAAAGGGAUUUCCGAUCAUCCUGCCCUCCAGGCGCCAAUUUUCUUUCUGAUCCUGCUUACAUAUCUAAUCACCCUUGGAGGUAACAUGACCAUCAUUGUACUUAUCUACCUGGAUCUCCAGCUGCAAACUCCAAUGUAUUUCUUUCUUUCUAAUUUGUCCAUAAUGGAUAUGUCCUUCACCACUAUCACUCUACAUAAGAUCCUUCUUGUCUCUAUAACAGGAGAUCAUAUCAUUUCUUUUCUUGGUUGUAUGACACAAAUGUAUUUUUUUAUAGCCUUGGCAGGAGAUGAGUUGACAAUACUAACAGCUAUGAGUUAUGAUCGCUAUGUGGCCAUUUGUAACCCAUUGCGUUAUCCAGUGGUCAUGAACCGCAGAGACUGUAUUCUGUUGGUUAUUUUCUGUUGGGUGAUGGGAUUUUUAGAAUCUUUACCUUAUUUAUGUUUGAUAUCAAAUUUCUCUUGCUAUAGAUCUAAUGAGAUCAACCACUACUUCUGUGACAUUGUGCCUCUUAUGAAACUCACUUGUAGUGAUACUUCUGUUUUGGAACUUUAUAUACUUACUGGAGGAAUAUUUCUAGCAGGCUUGAUACCUUCUCUUCUCACUGUUGUCUCUUACAUUUUUAUUAUUGCUACCAUAUGGAGAAUCAACUCAAGUUUGGGUAGACGUAAAGCCUUUUACACAUGUUCCUCACACCUCACAGUUGUCAUCCUUCUUUAUGUGACUCUCUUCUGUCAGUACCUAAGACCUGUUUCCAAGGACAGCUUAAACUCUAAAAAGCUUCUAUCGUUCUUUAACACAGUUGCUGUUCCUGUAUUGAAUCCAUUAAUUUAUAGCUUAAAAAAUAAAGAUGUGAAUUCAGCAAUGAGAAGAAGAUUGAGAUCUUGUAAAUUAUUCAUAUAA